CUCCUCCUCCUCACCUUAAAUUUGUAGUACCCCUCACAGGAGGCGUCUCCCGUCCCGUUCAGGAAGAUUUUUCCCGCCUUGUGAGCGAAGGCGUCCCAGAUGCUCGCUCCUUUCCCGUCGACGUUCCACGCUCCUUCGGUCUGAUAGGCGGAGCUGCCGGCGCCCCAGGAGAAACCUGCGGAGGAGGUCAGAGGUCAGCGGGUUUUCACGGCGUACCUGUCGUCGUCGUGGUCGCCGCGGUCUCACCUGUGGGGAAGGUGGCGUAGUAGAAGGACGUCUUCUCGUUCUUGGUCCAGUCAAAGUCCUCGCCGGCCGUCACACAGACGAGCAGAACGCUCUGGAGGACCUUCAGCAGCAUCAUGAACUCGCCGUCGUCUUCACCUGAAGGUUAAAAGACAGCUUUGAACUCUGACCUCACAGGUCACAUGACUCCAGGCUGACUCUCAGAGACGCAGGUGAAGGUCUCGGCGGUCCUCCUGGUGUCUCGCCAACAUCAUGGAGGAGGAACCUCGUUUCAAACCCUCAGAGACAGAAAAGAGGAGGUUUGUCCAGGAGGAGGAGGAGGGAGCAAAGAUCUUCAGUCCUCUGAGAGUCCUCCUGUCCAACCCUGAGCUGCUGUCUCCUGUCUCUCAGAUGUCUCACCUGCUCAAACCGUCCAGAGAAGAAGAAACGUCCCCGAGCUUCUGGACCGGCUCUCCACCGCUGCUGCUGCUGCUGCUGCUGUCACCGCCGCCGCCGCCGCCGCCGCUGUGGUCAGGAGUCACAAAAACAAAAGUGAGUGAAACAUCCAGGACAUUCAUCACACACACACACACACACACACACACACACACACACACACACACACACACACACACACACACACACACACACACACACACACACACACACACACACACACACACACACACACACACACACACACACACACACGGCUCCAUUGUGUAAAUCUGCUGAGCUGCACAGAUUCAUUCUGACCCGGUAAGCAGAGUUCAUGUUAGCUGAGCCUCCAUGAGCUUCUGUAUGAAUCCUUCAUCAUCAUCAUCAUCAUCAUCAUCAUCAUCAUCAUCAUCAUCGUCUUCUUCACACUGAGAGGAGCAGAAACACACACACACAGUCACAUACACACAUAUAUGUCAUCUCUCAGACAUCAGGCUCCUGUUUUUAUUUCAGGAAGAGACGCUGAGAAAGUUCAAACGAAAACAUGACAACAGGAAUGAUCAAUACUCUCAUGUGUCUCUAAUGUGUCUCUCAUGUCUCUAAUGUCUCUAAUGUCUCUCAUGUCUCUCUCAUGUCUCUCAUGUGUCUGUAAAUCCUCUAAGGUUGAAACUCUUCAGACUCAAGUUGAGGACACCUGUCCAUGUCCAACCUCAGCUGUAAAUUCAGGCUCACACACACACACACACACACACACACACACACACACACACACACACACACACACACACACGCGCACACACACACACGCGCACACACACACACACUCAGGGGUCAUGACCUCUGCUGCGGUGAAUAACACGGUAGCAGAGCUGCGUUAGAACAGCUGUUUUCUUUGUUUUCGCUCUUUUGUUGUAAAAACGCUGAAGAGUUCAAACGUCAAAACUGUUGGCACUGCACUCUGACCGUGUUACAUGCUACUGUGUGUGUGUGUGUGUGUGUGUGUGUGUGUGUGUGUGUGUGUGUGUGUGUGUGUGCUCUCUGUGCAUGCUCUCACUGAUGUCCGGUGCAUGUGUGUGUUUGUAUGUUUUUUCUGCACCUGUCUGUGUGUGUGUCUGUGUGUGUCUGUGUGUGUGUCUGUGUGUGUUUAGCAUAUGAAUGGCGUGGAGCUGCAGACUCUCUCUGAAGGUUCUGGUUCCUGCCGGCUCUCCUCUCCUUCUGUAUUUAAGGGACUUUCUUUUGGCCCCGCUGAGCUGACAUGAACAUCUUUGCUAAGGUCCCAGGAUUAGCCCAACAAACCAGGUAUGUUAGAGCCGAGGGGGGGAAGGGGCCGCGCCGUCAGACCCUCCUGCUGCUUCUGCUCGCCAUCACCAGUUUCCCCCAAAUCACCUGAGCAGAGAGGAGACAUGCAGACGUACAAAUGAGUGAAAACUUUAAAAACAGUUAUAAAGAGAAAGAGUCCAAACCCAAACCUCUGAGUCAGGAUGUUUUUGAGACUCGGAAACGUCUCCGUCAGUUUUUCUCUCUGUUGGUGUUUUUAUAACAAAUGCUUCUAUAUCUGCAGCAAGCUGGGGUCUGUGCUCCAACGUGCCUUCUACGGGUCCAGUGGGAAGGUGAGUCUGACCACAUGUGGCUUUACCUUUUUUUAGAAGAAUACAGAAAUCAGAUGUAAUUUUCUGAGCCGACAAACAGAAACAUUCAAGUUAACGUGGAAACAAUAAAAAGUCUAAAAAGAAGGACGACGACGGCGUGUUAAUGAGGAGCAGAAACUGUUGAAACCCUGAACUGUCUUCACCUUCCUUAAAAAAACUUAAAAACUUAAAAACGACAAAAACAAAAAACAGGCGAAUUUCCUGCUGCUGAGUCAGCGUUCAAGAGAAAAGAGAGAGAGAGUUUCAGGCGACGCGACGGACCAGAGAACGAUGAGAAAGAAGUGAAAUGACAAAGAAAAAAAAGUUAAAAAUGAUCCAAAGAGUCAGACUUCUGUAAAUCAGCUGUAAACGAGAACAAAAAUAAAGUCUUUAAAGAUUCAAAAUUCUGUGAGAAAUAAAAGCAGAAGAAGAGAAAAGUUCUGAGAAAAAAUGACGUUAAAAACUUUCAGGAAAACGUUUCAAUAAAAAUACAUUUUCAAUUUUCUCAAAUCAAACCUGAAAGAACAUUUUUCUCCUCCGAGGAAAAGUCUGAGAUUAAUUAGUCUGGAGUUUGUAAGAAUGACGUUUGUUAAAAAUUAAAUACGACGAUAAAGAAAAACAGAAACUCUGACGUAGAUCUACAAACACGAAACCUUCAAUUUACAAGAUUUAACAUUUGUGAAAAAAGAGACGCCAAGUUUUCCAGAUCAAAUCAUUCGUUUGAUUCUUAAUUAUAAUUCAUAAAUCUGUGAAAAAGUCAAAAAUAACAUUUUAAAUGAAGAAAAUAAGUCGAGUUUACAGAGAUGAGCUCGUAAUAAAUAAAUCAGUCAGAAAUCAAUCUGAACAAUUUAAGAGGAAAAGUGAAAAAAUGACAUUUUCUUCAAUCAAGUCCGAAAUGAACAACAACACAGCCGUACACACUAUUAGACUUAAGUCAGACUUAAGUCAGACUUAAGUCCUAAACUGUUGGGAAUAAAGUUUUAAUUUACCAAAAAAUCAGUGAAAUUUGUUUAAAGGGAUGGUCCGAACUUUCAAAAACGAAGUAUUUUGGAUUAAAAAAAAAAUAAACAGUUUGGGGACAAAGUCAUGAAGAAUUAAUUUAAUAAAAAAAAAAAGAAGCUGUAAAUUAGUAAAAAUUAACUUUUAAACUUUCAGGAAUAAAAAAUUGUAAAUGUCCGAUAAAUAAACACAAAUAUCCAAGAAAAAAAUCUCAGAUUAGAUCGAAAGAAGUCAGUUUACGAAAACAAAGACAUGACCCUUAAAAAAAGUGUCAGACUAAAAUCUUAAAAUAAAGUCAUUAAUUUUCCAGAGAAAAGCAUCAAUCUGUCAAAUAAAGUUAUAAAAAAAUAAAUGAAUUUUUAAAAUCAGAAAGUUAAAGAAUUUUAAUUUUACGAUAAAAAAGUGAUAGUUUGUAAGAAUUAUUUCAAGAAUAAAGACAUGAAUUCCUGUAAAUGUUCUGGAAAUAAAGAAAUGAAUGUGUAAGACGGUGAACCUGCAGUGACUUCCAUACAGAAACGUUGAAUCUGGACGAGGACUCCUCAGCCGUCUCUGAUGUUUGUCUGAGUCUGAGUGAGGAGGAGAAAAAACUUCAAACAUGUCCGAGUCCGCGGCUGAAAAACUCAGUCUGUAACUUUUUAUCAUGUAAAGAGGAAAAACAGCGCCCCCUGUUGUUGGAGUCAGAGGACCUGAAGUCUGAUGAACUGUAGACCUGAUUUUUGUGGUGAUGUUUGUGGACUCAGGUGACCCUGUUCGAGCAGAGGAACUUCACCGGCCGGCGGCUCGAGCUGAGCUCUGACUGCACCAGACUCAGCGACAAGAACUUCCCAGAGAGAUGCAACUCAGUGCAGGUGGAGAGCGGAGCGUGAGUGAAGGGCGCCACCUGCAGGAGAGCAAGGGGCACUGCAACAAACACACAUAAGAAAACACAUACGCACGUUAUACACACACACAAACACACUUCAAACACAAACACACAUUACACACACACAUUAAACACAAACACACAUUAAACACACACAUUACACACACAUUAAACACACACACAUUAAACACACACAUUACACACACACACACACACACAUUGAACACACACACAGCUCUGCAAAGACGGAGUCUGAACUUUGAGAGAAAACGACUCGAUGAAUCUUUGAUCUUCUGUUCUUCAUUCGAGACUUUAGAGGACAGAAGAUCUCAAACCUCCUCAGAUCCACAGACAUGAAGACCUGCAGCCGUCCAAGAACUGAAUAAAAAUGUACCUUUAAAGGGAUAUUCUGCUGUAAAACUAAUUCAGGGUCAAACCCACCGUAACCCCGAGUUAGACCCCGCCCCCUCCAGAGAUGAAUGUUGUCGACCGCUUCCUUCUCUAGUUAUACCAACUUUAGUAACGACCGCAGGAUAGAAAUACAGAGAGGUCUGAGGAGCCAUAAACAAACCUCAACCAACCUGUUUGUAGUGAGACCUCAGGCCAGUCCAUUAGGGACUACAGCGGGGUGAAAUGAUCAUAAAUGUUCUUCCUUGAGCUGCGGCACCCCGCUGUAGUCCGUGAUGGAAAGUUGGUGUAACUAGAGAAGGAAGCGGUCGACAACAUUCAUCUCUGGAGGGGGCGGAGUCUAACUCGGGGUUACGGUGGGUUUGACCCUGAAUUAGUUUUACAGCAGAAUGUCCCUUUAACGCUGAGGCGGUAUUAUUACAGAUGAACAGACUCUCAGCGGCUGUAAAUGAACAGGACCGGUUCUGUCCUGAUGUUUGGGUCCAAUCCGGUUCAGACUCUUGUGUUCCUGGUCUUUCACAGGUGGGUGGGUUACGAGCAUGAGAACUUCCGGGGCCGUCAGUACCUGUGGGACAUGUCCGACCGAGGAGAGUACAACUGUUACGAUAAAUGGUGCGCCCAGGCCGACCACGUGUCCUCGGUCCGCGCCGUCAAACAGGUGAAUCCACUUUAACCUUUAACCCAGCAGACCAGAGACCAGGGUCUCCUUAGUCCUGGUUUUGGGGUCCUGAUGGUCCAAAUGUUUUCAAUGUGGGACAAGUCAGGACUGCAUCAGUCCAGUUCCUCAGUAGGACUCUUCUCCUACAGAACCAUGCUGGUGUCAGAAUGUGGUUCUGGAUCAUAUGAAGGUCUUCCCUGGUCUGGAUGGACGCAGAUGUUCCUCCUAAACCUGGAGAUCUUGUUGGAACCUUCACAGACGUGGACUCUGAUGAUCCCAGACCAUCAGAGAUUCUAGAUUUGGACCGGGAACUCUGACUCUCAGGAACUUUAUUCUGAAACUGUUGAACUGUUCGCUAACGUGGUCCCUCACAGAGUCCCGAACCUCUGAGAGACUCCGCCCCUCGUCUUAGACCUGGUCAUGUGACUAACCUGUUGGACCUCCAAUCUGGUUCAUCCGUUAAUUUCUUCUUCUUUCAGGACAAUAAUCCGGCCAGAGCUCAGCUGUACGAGCGCGCCGGUUUCUCUGGGAAGAAGAUCGAAGUUCAGGACGACGUUCCGAACCUGAUGAGUCGGCACAGUCUCAACCGAGUCGCCUCCAUCCGUGUUCUUGGAGGAGCGUAAGUCCAACAUCUGAAGGGGGGGGCGGCGGUCAGACCUGAACCCCUCACUGGAUUUCAGAACCAUUUCUAUCAUCAGUCUCUCUGCAGAUUAUCAUCACAGAUUAUAAUCUCAGAUUAUCAUCCCAGAUUAUAAUCUCAGAUUAUCAUCACAGAUUAUAAUCUCAGAUUAUCAUCCCAGAUUAUAAUCUCAGAUUAUCAUCCCAGAUUAUAAUCUCAGAUGAUCAUCACAGAUUAUAAUCUCAGAUUAUCAUCCCAGAUUAUAAUCUCAGAUUAUUAUCCCAGAUUAUAAUCUCAGAUGAUCAUCCCAGAUUUAGUCAAAUUUGAGGAAACGAGAGACUGACUCACCUCAAACCAAAACAAAAAGGGUCUCCUGAGCCUCGGUCCAGACCGCUCUGAUUCUUUGAGUCUGUCAGUCGUGAUAAUCCCACGGUAAUCCAGCUCCACCUGAACCUUUUAUUCUGAGACACUCGACUAUAAACAGAGUCGGAGGACAUGAGACGUUUUUCUCAUGAACCUUCAAUUUACUUCAAAUCCACAAAAACCCAAAAUAUGAGACGAGACAAACCGAUAAUCACGAUGUUCGCUAACACGACGUUAAAACAGGAACGCCAACGCUGUGUGUGUGUGUGUGUGUCGGUGUUCAGGUGGGUGGUGUAUCAGGAGCCGAACUACAGAGGACCUCACUACAUCCUGGAGAAGAAAGACUACAACAACUUCUCCGACUGGGGCAGCCAACACAACACCGUGGGAUCCAUGCGCCGAGUCCGCUUCAACUGAAGACCACCUGAGACCACCUGAGACCACCUGGGUCCACCUGAGACCACCUGAGACCUGUCAGCAUUAAGAACUCCACACACCUAUUUUAGUAAUAAACUCUGAAAAGACAAGUGUGUGUUUCUGUUCCUUCAGGUGAGAUUGAACUCUUAUUAAUGUGUGAGACGUUUAAAACCUUUUAAAGCUCCACUCAGGAGUUUUAGCUGCUCAAAGUUUUUCUUUAUCAACACAAAGAAAAAAAAAACACAUUUACUGAAAGUCUGAAACUAAGAUCACCAGGGAAGGUUUCAGUGGAAAUAAAAGACGCGAAAAUAGAAAUGUGGUAAAUAUAAAAAAGUUCCUCAAAAAAGAAAAAACUUGAAUUCUGAGAUUAAAGUGAAAAUUACUGAUUAAAGAUUUCUGAGAUUAAACAUCCACUAAUGAGAAAACGGUGAUGAUGUUUCAGAGAUCGAGGUCCAUUCCUCAUCAUCUUCCCCCAACUGCUGCUCGUCACUCGUCUCUGAUCGUCGUGUUGACGACAUUUUCAAUGAGCCAAAAAAACAAACAAACAAACAAA